CAUCUCCUUCAGAAGAAAUAUCUCCGCCAUGUAACUCCACCAGCUCUCUUGCCCAGAAUGCAGAAAAUGCAUUUUCUUGAAAUUCUGCUGUUUUCCUACUUUCAAAUGUCUCAGCAGAUACAGAAAACUACUGCAAAUGAAAAAGAGAUGGUGUCCAAUCCCAAGCUUGUACUGGUUCAGGGGACUUUGAAUGUGGUGAUGAAGCAGAAUGUUACCCUCUCCUGCCUCUCUGAGCCUGGAUCUCCACCUGUUAGAUAUGCACUGUUCAAGCACAACCAGCAGGUAUCUGCUUUAAACAGGUCAGACUUGAGCCCUGCACUGUUCACCCUGACCAUCAGCUCUGCCAGCGAUGCUGGGGAAUACAAGUGCAAAGCUGAGUAUAACAACUCCAGUGGUGGAAAAUACAGCAACAGCCUCAACUUCACCCUCUUAGAGCCAAUUUCCAAACCAGUGCUGAGCUCACCAACCUCUCGGGCAAAGAAAGGCCAGAAUGUGACCCUGUCCUGUUUCUCAGAGAACGGAUCCCUUCCCAUCACGUAUCUAUUCUUCAAAGGAACACAAAACAUUUCUCCCCAAAAGACAAUGCAGAAGAGGGAAGCAGCUGUGAUUUUUCUAUUUAUCAAUUCCCUUAGUGACUUUGGAACCUACAAAUGCAAAGCAAAUAACAGUUUUCCCAAUAAUACAAAAUACAGCAACAGUUUCAACUUUACAUUAGCAGAAGAGAGAAGCCAUUCUCAGCCCCUGAUAAUUUCUCUUGGGCUGAUCCUGCUACUACUUGCAAUAGGACUUGCUCUGGCAAUUCCAUUUUUCAUAAUUCCUUUGUAUAAAGCAAAAAAAUUUAAGUCUACCAGGCCCUCAAUUGGCCUUACUUCAACAGUGAAUGCAGAGGAGUCAUAUACUGAAAAUGAAGUCAUAUACUCAGAGAUUGAGCCUCUUAGACCAGAAGAAGAAUACAUGAACUUCUCCAUUAUAAGAAGAGAAGAGGAAAAAGCAGGGAAGAGAGCAUGUUCUACAGUCUAUUCAAAGAUCCUCAUCAGAGACUGAGUACCAGGGACUUCAUGACUGACUUAAAUGAAAACUUAGAAAAAAUCCUUCUGAACAUGUACUCAUGCUUUAAGUAAUUCUGAAAUAUUAAGAAGCUGAGAGGGAUGGUGUUAUUCAUUUUCCUUAAUUUUGCAUGGGACAAGCAUCAGCUCUAUUGUACCAAAAGCAGUUGUGUUCACGUAAGGAACUGUCUGCAGUGAAUUCUUUUGGCUGUGACCCACAAGCUGAAGAGUAGGAGCACCAUGAACUCUGCACAACCAGGAAUCUUCAGGAGUCAAAGCAGCAGCAUGAUUUUUCUCAAUAUAAACAUUGUCUGAAUUGUAACAGAUUACAUGGAGAGUCAAUGCUCAAGACUGAAAUACUCUCUCACAACAUACCUGCCUCAGCUCUGUCGUUGGACCUUUUCCUACAUCCAAGGCCACUUUAAGGGGUGCCAAGCAAGGAUGAAGCUUAAGUACCUAAUAAAUUUACAAAAGCCA